AUUGCCGACAGAUUUACUUCUUCUCCAAUUUAUUUCCGACUUACCGUAUUGCGCUUUAUUUACAUGGCGAUCCCCCUGCCCUGAAAAUGUUCAACAAGAAACCGCGAAGAAACUUCAGGCAAAGGAAAGGAAAAUCGAGCGAUGAAGAUGAACAGAAGAGCGGAGAGGGUGAUGGAAGUAAAAUACAAGCUACCGCUUCUAGCAUAAAGCCCUCCAAGUUGCCGCAGAACCGGGGGAUCUCAUGCAGUUCCAAGCGGGAGGCGAUGCCGCCCAACUCGGACUCGAGUGGUGCUGAAGACGCGGUAGAAUAUGGGACUAGUGGGCCUUUCGUUGGCACUAAUCUGCCUCACAGUAAAGAGGACAAGGAUGGACGGAAGAAGAAAGGAAACGUGCUCAGCUUCUCUAAUGAGAAAGAAGGUAAACGUUUUGUUAUGUAAGUGCACAGGCCACAGGCGUAUUUCAAACGUCACUAACUGACGGUAAGGUGGGUGCAUUGCGUAAAUUCAUCUGUAAAGUGGCUUCCCCUCCUUGUGCCCUUAAUUUGUACUGUCUGAAAAGUGAAAACACAGGACUGGUGGCUGCAGCAAUAUGGGUCAUGUCUUCCAUGAAUUCCCUAUCCUUCACCUGGCCUGUUCUCUAGUGCAGGUGGAGGGGAGGAACGAGGAGAGGGGUUAAUCUCAAUAGUUUUUCCUUGAUUCCUUGCGUUCUCGCUCCUUUUCUCUUUCUCAAAACACAUUGGAAGAGAAGAUCAGAGGGGAGGGACCUCAGAUCUUCUGCUCCAAUGUGUUUUGAGAAGGAGACGAGGGAGGACAUGAGGAAUCAAGGAAAUACAAUUGAGAUUAACCCAGUUGCGUUAUUAACUGUUUUUAACUUUCUCUUCCCAUUUGAAGGAUCUGAGUUCAAACUAAAGAAAUCGUCAGAUAAAGCUGUGGUCUUCCAAGCCAGGAGGAAGGAGGCUUCCCCUGUCAAGACCUCCCGGCCUACUGGUGAGCACAACGUUGCCGUUUAUUGUCAGAUCGUUUAUAACCAUAAAUGAUCUAGAGAUAAAACACGUUUCUGUAAAUACACACCACUGUUAAGGCUACAUGAUUGAUCUGUCUAACCAUGUCUCUGUGUUGACCCCAGCCAGGAAAGAUGUGACUGUGGUUGCGUCCCCGAGAGAGAGGUCCGGUAGCGAUGUGUCCGGAGAAGAACUGUCACCAGAGAGUGACGGAGAGGGAGGUGCCAAGUCAACCACAUCCAGCUCUGCCUCCUCCAUGUCUUCCAGGUCCUCCAGAUCUUCCAAGUCCUCCACUCAGAAACAGAAACCAGGUCAGUCUCACAGAUAGCUAGGGCUCCAUAGAAAAGGCUAUAAUUAAUCCAAUGCCAAAAAUGUGCGACAGCCAAAUGCUGAUAAAGUCUGAGUGGCUGGUAUUUAUUUUUUAUUUUUUUAAAGUCCUUCAGCUGGUAGACCCAAAAGUGUGUUUCAGGAUAUGAACAAAAUCAAAGGGCUCAGAAGAGUGAGUUUAUUGUCUUAACCAGCCUGCAGCUACACUGGCCCCUUGCAGGGUAAGAUGGUCCACCCCUGCCUGGUCUACACAGAGACCGGCAGAUAGGCAGCAUUCUGAAGAGACAUCCCUUGUGUUGUUGUGUGUAGUGGUGAUCCCAGACGCAAGAAGGAUCCAGGCGGCAAGAAGGCAGCGUCAGGCAGCCAGAGCCCAGAAAGACUACAUCUCCCUGGGGAGAGACGGGGAGAGCUCCCCCCGGACCCCAGACCAGGACCUGGAGGAACACACCGAAGAAGAUGAUGAUGAUGAUGAGCCAGACGACCAUGAAUGCAGGAUUGAGUUUGCCCCGCGCUCCAAAACCAUCAGGGAGAGGAUAGCAGAGAAGAUGGGUGAGAGGAGGAGAGAAUGCAGGGUCUAUUGUUUUGUGGUCUUGGGCAACAGGUUUUUGAUUUAGUUUUAGUAAUGAAUAAUAAACAGCCAGUUUAUAAUCAAAUCCCAUAAUGAUGUAUCUGUGGCUUAGAGGAAGGGGAGUGAGAGAUGAAGGUUAUCACACCUCCUUUGACUGAGUGCUGAAAUCUGUUGUCUUUGUUCUCUUUGGUUUUAGUCCUUGUUGUGUUGAUACAGGAGGGAGUGACAGUCUGUCUUUCUCUCUGUAUAUCUGCUCUGUGGCUCCCUCCCUGGCCGUGUUGAUACAGGAGGGAGUGACACUGUCUUUCUCUCUGUAUUUCUGCUCUGUCGCUCCCUCCCUGCCUGCCCGUGUUGGUACAGGAGGAAGUGACAGUGGUGCUAGUGAGUCUGACGAACAGGAGAGAGAAGACGACAACCUGUGGCAGGAGCAACAGAUUGGAAAGGGAGUCAAGAGACACCCUGGAGAACAGGUAAUAUACUCACCCCUGUGUCUCACUUACACACACGCUUUCAGUUUCAUUCCUCCACCGACCGCCCAACUCUGUCUUUCCCCCUAGAGUCCAUCAGGCAGUGAGGGCAGUGGCUCUGUGAGGAGCGGUAGUAGUAGACGGAAACAGAGAGUCAACAUCCCAGAGUGUAUGCCUCCCGUCAGCCUCAGCAUGGUGAAGAAGAGGAUCACUGGGAAGUCAGUUGGUUCAUUCAUUCAUCCUUACAUUGACCUCUCAAUACGAUAUACUUCAUGUACUCUAGCUGUAAAAAAUAAUGUUUGUCUAGUAAAUCUAAGCUCCAACCUUUCUCCAUCUCUCCUCUCCUCUCACCCCUUCCUCUCCUCCCCAGACUGUGUGAUCUGAGGGAGGUCCACAGGGCUCAUGAGGCUGACCUGAGGAGAAUGGAGGUGGACAUGGACAGCUCUAGAACCUCUCUGGAGAACCUGGAGAGCGGUUCCUCCGACCGCCAGCUUCGGUUCUACCGGGCCACCAACGCCUACAUUCAGAACCUGGUGGAAUGUCUCAGAGAGAAGGUCAGAGAACAGAGGGCUUCUGGGUAACAGGAAGUGUCUGUUGGCAUGAUCUGGUCUUUAAAAUGACAAAUGGAAGCACUGUGAGAUACAAUGUGAUGAUGAGACAAUGUUAAGGAGGGGUGGGGAGGUCACCCCCCCCCCCCCCCAGAAAUAAAAAAAAUUAAAGAGUGAUUGACUGAUUAAUUGAUCAUCUUUAGGUGGUAGAGAUCAACAGUGUGGAGGUGGACAUGCACACUCUUCUGUCUGACCAGGCGGAGGUACUGUUGUCAAGGAGACGAGAGGCCAUACGACAGGAGUCAUCUCGCCUACAGCAGCUCAGCUGUGAGUGUGUGUGUCUGUCUGUGUUUUUGUGUACUCUGAUUGUGUGGUCCUAGUCAGUGAAAAGGCAGAAUGUUAACCAUAGGACUCCUCCUCACACUCUUGAUCUGUUAAUUUUUUCUGAUUAACUGUAGUUGGGUGGAUUUCUAAACGUAUUAUCGCUCUCUCUCACUCUAGAUGCCACUGAUCCACAAAGUGAAGGAGACUCAGGGGAAAGCGUGAAUGAAAAACCGAGUAAAAGGUGAGUGAGAAUACUCCCUUUAGUAGUUACACAUCGCUUUAGCGUUUCACCAUUCACCAGUCACAAUAUUACAUGAUCAUUUCCACCACUACAUCCUCAUCUACUGUUUGAUCUGAUUAUCCAUCCAGUGAGUCAGGAGAGCCAGGUGAGGAAGACUAUGGUAGCCUGCCGGCCGACAGCGAGCCUUCCCCUGAGGAAGAGGCAGAACUGCAGAGGGAGAGAGGUGAGAGGUGUAGCUGUCUUGGGUGAGGACAAAUGUCCUCCACUUACCAAACGUGUGUUGGUGACCCCUUGAUUUCAGCCCAGUAUAUAAUUCCCAAAUGGGUUUCUGCAAUAAAGAAAAAUACAGCAAACUAUUUAAUUAGUUUAUUUAUCUAAAGAUUUGCCAUCCCAUUCCUUACAGAGUUAGAGCGAACUCUCUAAACCAUACAAUAAAAGACAGCGUUUCCACUCUCGCAUCUCUUUUUCCCCUCCUGUCUAAUUCAGCGGAGAUCCUGAGCAGGUCCCAGGAUGUGUUCUGUGACGUGCAGGAGGACUUCUGGGAGGUGAAGAAGGUUCUGUCUCGCUUCAGCGAGUGGAGAGAAGCCUUCUCUGAGUCCUACCACUCAGCCUACAUCAGCCUCUGUCUGCCCAAACUACUCAACCCACUCAUCAGACACCAACUUUUAGGCUGGAACCCACUACAGGUACAGCACACUCGGUACAAAAUCCGUACAGGACGUCACACAGUUCAGUCUUUGUGUGUAUUUUGACGUACCUCUGUAUUUUGUGUCGUAUAAUAAUGAUCUGUGUGUAUCAGGCUGCAGGAGAGGACUUUGAGGCUCUGCCGUGGUUCUCCGCUGUAGAGACAUUCUGUCACGGACUGGGUUACCAGGAGGCAGAGCACACGGACAGGAAAACACUGCCUGCUAUCAUAGAGAAGACCCUGCUGCCCAAAAUACAAGGUCAGCAUACACACACAUACAAUGCAUUCAGAAAGUAUUCAGACUUCUUGACUUUUUCCACAUUUUGUUACAGCCUUAUUUUAAAAUUGAUGAAAUUGUUUUUUCCCCCCUCAUCAAUCUACACACACUACCCCAUAAUGACAAAGCAAAAACACGUAUUCAGACCCUUUACUCAGUACUUUGUUGAAGCACCUUUGGCAGCGAUUGCAGCCUCAAGUCUUCUUGGGUAUGACGCUACAAGCUUAGCACACCUGUAUUUGGGGAGUUUCUCCCAUUCUUCUCUAAAGAUCCUCUCAAGCACUGUCAGGUUGGAUGGGGAGCGUUGCUGCACAGCUAUUUUCAAGUCUCUCCAGAGAUGUUCUAUCAGGUUCAAGUCCGGGCUCUGGCUGGGCUACUCAAGGACAUUCAGAGACUUGUCCUGAAGCCACUCCUGCGUUGUCUUGGCUGUGUGCUUAGGGUUGUUGUCCUGUUGGAAGGUGAGCCUUCACCCCAGUCUGAGGUCCUGAGCGCUCUGGAGCAGGUUUUCAUCAAGAAUCUCUCUGUACUUUGUUCUGUUAAUCUUUCCCUCAAUCCUGACUAGUCUCCCAGUCCCUGCCGCUGAAAAACAUCCCCACAGCUUGAUGCUGCAAAGACCAUGCUUCACCGUAGGGAUGGUGCCAGGUUUCCUCCAGACAUGACGCUUGGCAUUCAGGUCAAAGAGUUGAAUCUUGGUUUCAUUAGACCAGAGAAUCUUGUUUCUCAUGGUCUGAGAGUCCUUUAGGUGCCUUUUGGCAAACUCCAAGCAGGCUGACAUGUGCCUUUUACUGAGGAGUGGCUUCCAUCUGGCCACUCUACCAUAAAGUCCUGAUUGGUGGAGUGCUGCAGAGAAGGUUGUCCUUCUGGAAGGUUCUCCCAUCUCCACAGAGGAACCCUGGAGCUCUGUCAGAGUGACCAUCGGGUUCUUGGUCACCUCCCUGAACAAGGCCCUUCUACCCCGAUUGCUCAGUUUGGCCGGGCGGCCAGCUCUAGGAAGAAUCUUGGCUUGGUUUUUGCUCAGACAUGCACUGUCAACUUGGGACCUUAUAUAGACAGGUUUGUGCCUUUCCAAAUCAUGUCCAAUCAAUUGAAUUUACCACAGGUGGACUCCAAUCAUGUUGUAGAAACAUCUCAAGGAUGAUCAAUGGAAACAGGAUGCACCUAGCUCAAUUUCCAGUCUCAUAGCAAAGGGUUUGAAUACUUAUGUAAAUAAGGUAUUUCCGUUUUUGAUUUUUUAUAAAUUUGCAAAAAUAUCAACUGUUUUUGCUUUGUCAUUAUGGGGUAUUGUGUGUAUAUUUAUGGGGGGGGGGGACAAUUUAAUCAAUUUUAGAAUAAGGUUGUAACAUAACAAAAUGUGGAUAAAGUCAAAGGGUCUGAAUACUUUCCGAAUGCACAUAUGAGAUGAGUAAAGCAGUAUGUAAACAUUAUUAAAGUGACUAGUGAAAGUUUUCAAUGUUGUCAUGAGUGGGCCUGUGGUUUUUACUCAGGUUUGUCUCACUUUAAUGUGCCUCCCUCCUCCUUCCAGGUUUUGUGGAGUUGGUGUGGGACCCUCUGUCCAGCCGUCAGUCUGUGUGUCUGUCUGAGUUGUGUUGCAGGCUGCAGGACGACUACUCUCUGUUUGAGGGAGAGCAGAGCAAACCGGUCAAGGUAACAGUUAAAACUCCUUCUACAGUGCAGAGCCUGAGUCUAGCAGCAACGCUCCCAGCCAGUCACGUAUGCAACUCCCCACCGGAGACAGGUUUUCAAUGUCCACCUUUCCUACUGUUCUCCCCCUCUGUUUCCAACGCAGGUUGACGUUUAUUGUCACGAGUCUUGUCCUGGAGGCAGAACUGAACGAUUGUCUUAAAUAGGCCAGCUGCCGAAUUGGCCUAUUUAAUUUAAGGUUAGGCAUUAGGGUUAGCAGUAUGGUUAAGGUUAGGUUUAUAUUCAGAUUUUAAGACUUUGUAGCUGUGCCAGCUAGUGACCACUCUGCAGAGCUGCCUCCAGUACAAGAUUAAUGAUGAAAAACGCUAACAUGCAUUUCAAACUGUAAAUAAAUUGUAAAUGUUUAAAAAAAAAUAUAUAUAUAUAUAUAUAUAUAUAUAUAUAUAUAUAUAUAUAUAUAUACAUUGAACAAAAAUAUAAACGCAAACAUGCAACAAUUUCAAAAAUGUUACUGAGUUACAGUUCAUAUAAGGAAAUCAGUCAAUUUAUAUAAAUUAAUUAGGCCCUAAUCUAUGGAUUUCACAUGACUGGGAAUACAGAUAUGCAUCUGUUGGUCACAGAUACCUUUAAAAAAAAAAAAGUUGGGGUGUGGAUCAGAAAACCAGUCAGUAUCUGGUGUGACCACCAUUUGCCUCAUGCAGCACGACACCUCCUUCGCAUAGUUGAUCAGGCUGUUGAUUGUGUUCUGUGGAAUGUUGUCCCACUCCUCUUCAAUGGCUAUGCGACGUUGCUGUCAUGAACAAGCACUGUUCAUGACAAACUCUUCACACCCCUCUUGUUGGCGGAGAGAACAUUUUGCAGUUUUAAAGCUCAUUUUCUUGCAAUUCUAUACUUUUUGCCAUGUCUAAUGUGUAUUUGUGAUAUGAGUGACUCCAACAUUACUACAAAAUCUAUGGACAAAAAAGCCUAGCAAACAAAAAAUGUAGUUGACAUGUGCAAGUAAAACUGGACAUUUCUGACAAGUUAAAAAAUAGCUCUAAGGUAUGCAAUGACUGACAUGACCAGAGCAAAACUGAUGAUGCACUUCCCAAUUUCUAAAUUGCACCUUGUGCAUUCUACUAUAAAAACGUUCAAGAGUAAGUUGAAAGCCCUCGUGGGAACCACUGCUCUAGUCAAGGUUCUAGUCACAAAGAAUGUCAACCAGAGAGUUGACUGGCUGGAGUCACAAAAUGGGAGAAAACCUUUUGAAACCUAACUACUACCUGUGAGUGUGUCAGAAUGUAAAUAAGUCUAGUUCUCUCUCUGUCCCUGUCCUGUGUGUGAUUCGGUCUUGUCCUGUCCCCUGCCAGGCGUUUCUUGAAGCAGUGAGUGGCAGAUUGAGGAGUUCAGUGGAUGACGACGUCUUCAUCCCUCUCUACCCUAAGAAGUGAGUGAAUCCACCCAGAGAUGUCUCAAUGUGAUUCUUUAAGUAGUAUAUCUAGCUCAGGGUUGCCCAACCCUGUUCCUGGAGAGCUACCGGUAGGUUUUCGCUCCAACCCCAGUUGUGAUCAAUUGAUCAACCAGCUAAUUAUUAGAAUCAGGUGUGCUAGAUUAGGAUUGGAGCAAAAACCUACAGGACGGUAGCUCUCCAGGAACAGGGCUGGAGAGCCCUGAGCUAGAAAUUUCCCAUUGGAACUCGUGUUUAUGCCAAGCUUGUCAUAACGUAGCUUACUUGACCAUAACUGCCAGGUGUUUUGGCAGGUUUUUAGACGACAGGUCCUCUCCACAGAGGAGGUUCCGAGACCAGCAGUUCUGGACAGCUGUGAAGGUACGUAACAACACAUUGUAUUUUUCGAUGGUGUGCUUCCCAAGAGUGGAUGGUGUACUGUAGUGACCAUGUGGCUCAGAUAGCCCAUUCCAACUUCCUAUUACAAAUGCUAACUCCCGUUCGUUUAAGCUGGUAGCAUAGCUAACAUACAGAAAUCUGUGUUGGUAGUUAAAGUUGUUUUUUUAACUGCAAUGCAUUUGAUUGGUGACAAUGACAUGCAUUAUCCAUACAAGCAUUAUCUAUUCAAGCAUUAUACUAAGAUUUUUACCUCAACAUAGUGUGAAAUAGACAUGAACAAUAGCCUAAUGUAGCCUAAUUUCUCCCCACGGCGUCUUUCCCCCACACGUUUCCAUGGCAUUUCAAUUAUUUGGGUUAAGUUCCAUUGACCUCUACCGCAUCUAUGUGGCUCAGUAAGCCCAUUACAACUUCUACCAAUAGUCAAGUCAAGAGAUAGACAGGGCUUUGGUCACAGCUCCUCAUGUGCUGGUUAGUGCAGCUACAGUGCAUUCGGAAAGUGUUCAGAUCCCUUCACUUUUUCCACAUUUUGUUACGUUACAGCCUUAUUCUAAAAUGGAUUACAUUUUUUCCCCUCAUCAAACUACACACAGCACCCCAUAAUGACAAAGCGAAAACAGGUUUUUAGAAAUGUUAGCAAAUGUAUUAAAAAUUAAAAACAGAGAGCCUCCCGAGUGGCGCAGCGGUCUAAGAGGCGUAACUACAGACCUGGGUUCGAUCCCGGGCUUUAUCACAACCGGCCGUGAUCGGGAGUCCCAUAGGGCAGCGCACAAUUGGCCAGGCAUCGUCCGGGUUAGGGGAGGGUUUGGCCAGGGGGGCUUUACUUGGCUCAUCGCGCUCUAUCGACUCCUUGUGGCGGGCCGGGCGCCUGCAGGCUGACCUCGGUCGUCAGUUGAAUGGUGCUUCCUCCGACACAUUGGUGCGGGCGGGUGUUAAGAAGCGCGGUUUGGCGGGACAUGUUUCGGAGGACGCAUGACUCGACCUUCGCCUCCCGAGCCCUUUGGGGAGUUGCAGCGAUGAGACAAGAUCGAAAAAGGAAGUAAAACACACAAAAAAUAAGGAAAAAUAUGAAUACCUUAUUUUCAUAAGUAUACAGACCCUUUGCUAUGAGACUCAACAUUGAGCUUAGGUGCAUCCUAUUUCCACUGAUCAUCCUUCAGAUGUUUCUACAAAUUGAUUGGAGUCCACCUGUGGUAAAUUCAAUUGAUUGGACAUGAUUUGGAAAGGCACACACCUGUCUAAAUAAGGUCCCACAGUUGACAGUGCAUGUCAGAGCAAAAACCAAGCCAUGAGGUCGAAGGAAUUGUCCGUAGAGCUCCGAGACAGGAUUGUGUCGAGGCACAGAGGGGGGGCAAUGCAAAUAAUCUGGGUAGCCAUGAUUAACUGUUCAGGAGUCUUAUGGCUUGGGGGUAGAAGCUGUUAAGAAGCAUUUUGAAUGUUCCGAGCUGUCUGUUUAAAAUACUAGCACACAGCUCGGACACCCAUGCAUACCCCACAAGACAUGCCACCAGAGGUCUCUUCACAGUCCCCAAGUUCAGAACAGACUAUGGGAGGCGCACAGUGCCACAUAGAGCCAUGACUACAUGGAACUCUAUUCCACAUCAGGUAACUGAUGCAAGCAGUAGAAUCAGAUUUUUUUUUUAAACAGGUAAAAAUACACCUUUAUGGAACAACCGGGACUGUGAAGAGACACACAAAGGUACAGACACAUGCAUAUAUUGUUGUAUGGUGGUAUUAAAUAUUUUGUAUUGUAGAUAUGUAGGGGUGUAAUAAUGUUAUAUUAUGUACUUUUUUAUCUGUAAUGUAAGUGCUUUAAUAUGUUUGGACCCCAGGAUGUGUAUGGGGAUCCCUAAUAAAUACAAAUAAGACUGCUGAAAAAUUCAUCAAAUGGUCUAUUUACAUUGACUUUAUUUAGUAAAUAUUUUCUUAACUCUAUUUAUUGAACUGCAUUGUUGGUUAAGGGCUCGUAAGUAAGCAUUUCACGGUAAAGUCUACACCUGUUGUAUUUGGUGCAUGUGACAAAUAAAAUGUGAUUUGAUUAUCUCUCUUGCUAUUUCUGUAACAUCCAAUGCAUUGCUUUAGUGGCAUUUCUGUCUUUUUUUUAUCAGCUCCUAGGUAACGUGGGCCAGUGGGAUGGUUUGAUAUCUGAACAUGUUCUGAAGGAACUGAUGUUGGACAAACUCCUGAACCGCUACCUUAUGAUGACGCUACUCAACGAAACCCACUCACAUGACUCUGUGCACAAAUGUAAAAAGGUGUGUAGGUGAAUCGCAUGUGUCUAAUGUUAAUGUAUUGUCUAUGGAGGUUUCAAGGUGUUUGCUUGGGGAAUAAUUGCUCUGCUUUCUUUGAGAUGGCUCAGUUUAGUGGUGUCAUUUUAAAGUGUUUCUCAAAUUAACAAAGGUUUUUCUCUCUGAGCAGGUUGCGGUGUGUUUUCCUAAGUCCUGGUUUAAAGAUGUGAGCUCCUGUCCGUCUCAACUGAAGUCCUUCAGUGACCACCUCCUCCAGACUGCCCAUUCAGUCUGCAAACAGCAGCCUGACCACCCCAACACACGGUAACUGCCUACCUACCUCAAAUGUACUUUUACGAUAUAGGCAGAUUCAUGUGCCAUGGUUUUGAUGCUAAUGCAUGUAAUGUGGUUUCUGUAGGGCCGUGGUGAGCGAUCUGCUGACUGUUUUGGGAAGCAUCCAGGCCUGGGACAAGGUGGAGACUAUAUCGGACAAAUACCAUUACAAAGACCUGGUGGACACACUCAACCUGUCCUAGUGUGGCCUAC